AUGACCGUGGUUUCCCAUGGAGCUGAAAGGCAGGCAAGUGCCUUUAAAAAGUCCGCCAUGUCAGUUGAACCAGUUCAGAAGAUGGAUCACCAACAGUAUCCAAGUCUGUUAAAGAAGAUGUGCAUGCCUGUUGUGAGAGGUCCUGAGAACAGACCUGGCUUUGCCAGCUUUGAAGAGAAAAACAGUAAUUCUUUCCUUAAGUUCAGUCCAUUCACCCCUCCCAUAGGGCCAAAUUGCCCUUUAUUCCCACACCGGGAUGAUGUGCCUUUAUUAGAUCCUUGCUCAGGUUUUGUGAGUCCAGGAGCAGAUGCUGACCUGCAGCCCAAUGCUGGAAGAGCUGUUGAAUCCCUGGUAGACUACAGUGAUGUGAAACCUCACCAGCAGGGCCCCAUCACAGGAAAGAGAGGCCAGGGUGCCCACAGGAGGCAACUGAUCCUCCUGGAGGAAACCAGCCAGGACAGAAGGUGGAACUCCAGGGUUGUGUCAGCUGCUUCUGUCAGAGCAUGAAUCAGAGGUAAAGCAACCUGCCUUUCAGGUUGGAGAAGUCCAGUGAAAGUUGCUUCUACUCUACCUGACCAAAACCAUAUUUUUGCAUUUUGUAUGGAACCCUAUCUCAAGGAAUCAAGUGAUCCUUCUGCAAGAUGGAGAGAAGAAAAAGCAACGGUCUAUUUCUACAAGUCAAAUACUAAAACUUAUGAAGAAGUUUCUUGGGAUAACAUGUUACCUUCCAAAAUCCAGCCUCCGGAAUCAACAGUGGAAGUGUUGGCUGAUCCUGUUUCCCAGUGUUUCACAAAAAGUCGAUACAAUCCUGAACCUGAAAUAAGCCAAGUCAGUUGUGGAGGCUUCUGGGACAGAUUUCAAUCAAAAUCUUUUACCUCUUCCAGCCGAAACCAGCAGAGACCUAUUAAUUUUGUAAGCCAAAGCUCUCGAACCUGUCAUAUCUUUUUGUAUAUUGGCUGUGUUGGUGCAGUAAAUUUUGAAGACAUUGACAAUGCCAAUGUAGACUUAAUCCCGCUUAACCAUGUGCAAACUUCAAAGUCUCACUACACAAGCACUGCACACACUCCAGAUAUCCCUGGAUACACUGGCAAGGUUCAUUGGUCAGCAACUCACCCAGCAAAUUCUAAUCUUCCAUCAACAACCCCAUCAAUAAUUGCAUGAAUGCAUGGAUACAUAGCAAAACAUGGAAGCUCGUCUCAGUAUGAUCACCAGGGACCUUAUUCUCAAAUGGUGACUCUAGUGAGUCCUCAGAAUUCUUUCAACAAGACAGAAUAA